AACAUGCUUCCGGUUUGGCGCUUUUUUCAUCACUGAGAAACCAAAACCUAAAGUAUAUGUUGUAAAUAACAUUUCGUAUAUACUUCAGUUUCAGUCGCCAUCACCAUGGACGGGAGUGCAGGAUUUGGCGACUUGCUGCAGCAGGCCGAGCAGCUGACAGCGGAGAUGGAUUGUGGGGCAGAGCUGCCCAAAGUGGAGAGAAGUAUCCGUCAGAUAAUGGACGCUGGUCAUCGCUUGCUGACCAGGACGGCUCAGACCAGCCAGGAUGCCUCAGACGUCAAGGCAUCAAUAUUACUGGGAUCAAAAGGUUUUGACAUUCCAAGAAUUUCACAGAAACUGGAAGGUUUAAGUGCGGCAAGGACUUUUGAGCCUCUAGAACCAGUGCGAGACACUGACAUCCAUGGUUUUCUGAGGAAUGAACGUGAAAAUGCCCUGUUAACAGUCAUAGAACAGACAAGAAAAAAUACAUUAGAGGAGGCAGAGAAGAGACACUGGGAUAGUCUUGUUAAUGAGUGGGAGAGAGAGAAACAGAAGAUCCUCAAUGCUCUGAUAGGAACAGGACACGAUACACUGGACUUUCCUCAGGAACAGGAGUCUAUACUUGGGGACAGUAUCAACAUGCAGGGCAGAAGUGCCAUGGAUAAUGUGGAGAUGGCAUAUGCCAGACAAGUCUACCAGUACAAUGAGCAGAUAGUUCAGGGCGGUAUCAGACCCAGCCUGGUUGACAUGUUUGCUGAGGUGGGAAACAAACUAGAUGACGAUAAUAUCACAGAAAUCUGGAGGAUGGUGAAAUUGAUGACUGAUGUUCCCAUGGCAACCAGUAGUAGCAUAAUCUCGUCCCGUAGCACCCAGAGGAUGCAGACGGCAUUUGUAAACCAAGCUAAGAAGUACUUAGAACAGAGCUACCACAAGUACAUCACAGCCACAGUGUAUGGGAACUUGCAGCAGGCACAGCUAGGAGGGGUGCCGGGGACGUACCACCUGGUCAGGAGUUUUCUUAAUGUCCGUCUCCCGCACUCCACUCCAGGACUAGAGGAUGGUGUAGUAGAUGGACACCCAGUGUGGGCAAUGAUGUAUUACUGUAUUCGCUGUGGUGACCUCAAUGCAGCUCUCCAUGUGGCACAGCAGGCUCAACAAAAUAUAGGAGAAUUUAUUGUGUUUCUCCAAGAAUAUAUGAAAAAUGAAGAUAGAAGGUUAAGUCCUAACAGUGAAACAAAGUUACGUCUCCAGUACAGACGCUCAGUGCGGACAAGUACUGACCCUUAUAAAAGGGCCGUAUUUUGUAUCAUUGGAUGUUGCGACUUCUCUGAUGUGCACUCUGAGGUAGCAGAGAAAACAGAAGAUUACUUGUGGAUUAAACUGAGUCAGAUCAGAUUUGGGGAUGAUGCGGAAUCUGAGGAGGGGGGAAGUACACAAGAUACACUCACCCUGCCACAGUUUCAAACCACAUUAUCUGAGGAGUAUGGUGAGAGUCACUUCAGCGCCUAUCAGCAGCCGUUCUUGUACUUUGAGGUGCUCCUUCUCACGGCACAGUUUGAGGCAGCCAUCGAGUUCCUGUCCAGAAUCGAGAGAUUACGGUGUCAUGCAGUCCACGUGGCGUUGGUGCUGUACGAGAUGAACAUGUUAGCGCUGUCCCAGAGUAUACAGUCACAGCUGUUGUCCAAAGAAACUGGAGACCCCAGUCCAAUGAAGAGGCUGAACUUUGCCCGCCUAGUGAUGAUGUAUACAAGGAAGUUUGAGGGAACAGAUCCCAGGGAGGCCCUGCAGUAUUUCUACUUCCUCAGAAACUUGCGUUCUCCACAGGGAGACAACCUAUUCAUGUCAUGUAUCAGUGAGCUUGUGCUGGAGACUAGAGAGUUUGAGACUUUGCUAGGUAGAUUGGAAAGAGAUGGAACAAGAAAGCCUGGAGCCAUUGAUAAAUUUCACAGUGAUACUCACAAGAUCAUUGCCAAAGUUGCAGAAGACUCCGAGACUAAGGGACUGUUUGAAGAUGCUGUGAAACUGUAUGACUUAGCAAAAAAUCCAGAGAAAGUUUUAGAGUUGAUGAACAAGCUUCUCACCCAGGUGCUCUCACAGCCUCCAAGUCCUCACUCCAGUAAAGAUAGGCUGAAACAGAUGGCUCUGUCCAUUGCUGAGAGGUAUAAAAGCCAGGGCCAUGAAGGUAGCAGGGCCACCACUGGGACAUUCUAUCUUCUGCUGGAUCUGUUGGCUUUCUUUGAUCUCUACCAUAGUGGCAGUCUGGACCAGGCACUGGAUAUAAUUCGGCACUUGAAGCUGAUCCCACUGUCUCUGGAUACUGUGGAGCAGAAAGUAUCUGGCUUCAGACACUACGCAGAUGAGAUUCGGCGAAGCUUACCAGAUAUAUUGCUUGCGACCAUGAACAUUCUAUAUACCCAGUAUAAAAAUGCCAAAAGUGCAGGUAGACAGAGUCCUCUGGUGGGAAGACCAGGAACUACAGAUGAUGGUGGAAAAGAAUCGUUCACCAGUUAUCUGCGCAGCCAGGCAAAGGCUUUGAUCACAUUUGCUGGGAUGUUGCCGUACAGAAUGCCUGGAGAUACCAACGCCAGACUGGUCCAGAUGGAAGUACUCAUGAACUGAACAUGUGACAGACGCUCACUUCCAUUUCAAAGGAUUUUUCAAUUUUACAAUUUUCUGAACUGAAUUAAAUCUUCAACAGUCAGUUCCAUUUCAAAGGAUCAUAGUUUUUUUUUUUUCCAAUUUUACAUCUCCAUGUUCAGGGGAGUUGUGCUGUGCUUAUCUGUAAAAAUUGCAGAACAAAGACUUGGAGACAUACUUCUGCUAAAAUGGCAUGGCAAAGUAACAGGUAUUGCCUCACAAAAGAGAUAGCUUGGCAGAUUGACAAUGUAACACGACCAGCCUGGGAGCCACCGGUCUGCCGCUAGGUGGCUUUUAACCAAACCGGAAGUUGAAGAAUUUGAAUUGGGUGAAAUUUUUUGAGAUUUAUAGGGUGUCAGAAACGGUGGAAUAUCUCGGCUAUUAAGGGUAUAAAAGUUUUGUUAUGUAUACUGUCAUUUUAAAAAGUAAAUUGCAAAUCAUGUCAGAUGCUCCUCGAGUUGAUUUAAACCCUGUUUUGUGUAGAAAAGCGAGUUUGAAACCAAAUAUUUUACUAAAGCUACAGCAGAAGUUCAACUUUGACUUAAAUGCUUGCAUUCUUAGAGAACAGGUUCCAAUUUUAAGUUACCAGUAAGAUGUGGCAAAUUUAUUCAGCUUUCUGUUAAUGUAAGCAUGUAAGGAACUUUACCUUCAUCCAGGAAUGGCACAAAUCAAUUCGCACCCGUGUAUGCAAAAAAUGUCUUCCUUGCAACAACCGUAUACCAGCCUCGUUUUGACUCAGUACAUUCUGUUGGUAUUCUGACCUCUUUUUGGUUUUUCCACUGCUCAUUGUCUAUAUAGUGAACUGAAGCUUGCACAGGAAGAAUGGAGGAAAAUAAACAUUUCAUAUUUUUUCUUUGUAAAUAAGCAUUUA